CUCCGACAGCUUGGAUGUCGUCCUUUGACGUGUCGUGUUCUCUGCCAUGAAACUUGACACAGAAAAAGAGACAAAAAUUGGCACAAAUUGAUAUACCUUUUAGGCUUAUUCGUGCUCAAUAUUUUGGCGCUUGCGCUGGCCUUACGCAAUCAAUUUAUCACCAACCCCAAAGAAUUUGGUGCGAAAUAAAUGCUCAUUGGUCACUUCCACUUUUUCUGCUUCUUGACCACCUUCUUUCAUGUCGCCUGUCCCUCCAGUUCGCUCGACGCCUCCGUCGAUGGAGACUCUUACUCCCCCAAUAACUCCGAAGCUCAAUGGCGAAGCUCCCCCAACAAAGUUCAUCGAUGAUCCCGAGCACGUCCCUGCCGACGCCAACAUUCCAGACAACUACGUGUCAUACACUCUCAAGCACCAAAAAUCCCUUCCUCCCAUCACUUGGGACAACUGGUACACGGAACUAAACUGGUUACACGUUGCAAUUCUCGCCGGCACGCCUGUCGUUGGUCUCGUCGGCGCGUACUACACUCGCCUUCAAUGGGCAACUGCCAUUUGGUCAGUGGUAUACUAUUACAUGACUGGUCUCGGCAUCACUGCUGGGUACCACAGACUAUGGGCACACCGUUCAUACAACGCGUCGAAGCCCCUUCAGUACGUUCUUGCAUUCCUCGGCGCAGGUGCAGUCGAAGGCUCUAUCAAAUGGUGGUCACGAGGGCACCGUGCCCACCACCGCUACACUGACACCGACCUUGACCCGUACAACGCACACCGCGGUCUCUUAUGGUCACACAUUGGGUGGAUGGUUGUCAAGCCCCGUCGCAAGCCCGGUGUUGCAGAUGUCAGUGACUUGACAAAGAACGAGAUUGUAAGGUGGCAGCAUAAAUACUACCUGACUCUUGUCGUCGUUAUGGGCUUCUUAUUCCCCACUGUUGUGGCUGGCCUUGGCUGGGGUGACUGGCAGGGUGGCUACAUAUAUGCUGCUCUCCUCCGUCUUUGCUUUGUUCACCAUUCCACGUUCUGCGUUAACUCGCUCGCUCAUUGGUUGGGUGAAACUCCAUUCGAUGACAAACACAGUCCUCGCGACCACCUCGUAACUGCCCUCGUCACAAUUGGUGAAGGAUACCACAACUUCCACCACCAGUUCCCUAUGGACUACCGCAAUGCCAUCAAGUGGUACCAAUACGACCCUACAAAGUGGUUCAUCUGGUCGUGCCAGAAGCUUGGAUUCGCAAGCCAUCUCAAGUCCUUCCCUGACAACGAGGUCCGCAAAGGUCAGCUUACCAUGCAACUGAAGCGUCUUCGUGAGACCCAGGAGACCCUGGCAUGGCCUUCCGAUAAUAGCGACUUGCCCGUCAUUUCCUGGGAGAGCUACCAUGAACAAGCCAAGACUCGUCCGGUCAUCUGUAUUGCCGGCUUCAUUCACGACGUGUCAGACUUCCUCGACGACCACCCAGGAGGUCGUCACUUGUUGACAAAGCACAUUGGCCGAGAUGCUACUACCGCAUUUUUCGGAGGUGUUUAUGACCAUAGUAACGCCGCACAUAACCUCCUUGCGAUGAAACGUGUCGGUGUUCUUCACGGUGGAGCCCCCCAUGGCCUCGAAGAUAAAGUUAUCCCACCAAGCCAGCGUCUUCGCAUUGCACGAUACAACGAGAUUGGUGGCAGCGGUUACAGCUCCGCAGCCCUCUCUGAUGGCGAAGGUCUCCUCGGAUGA